AUGAUAUAUGAAACAAUUAAUUUAUCAAUUUAUUAUUAUAAUGCGUUGAUUUUGAUCACCAUAUCCAAUUAAUUAAUAUAUGAAUCAUAUUAUACAAUAACCAAAGACUGCUUAAAAAUAAAAGAAAUCUUCUAAAGUAGUGUUAAAACACCCAGAAAUUCAACCAAACAAGACUCUGGAAGAAUUAAAAAUAAGGAAUGGACUGCCGCAAUCUAGAAGGAAAUUGAUUAAUUUGAAUAGGCUAUUGUAAUAAUUUAUUCAUAUCAUUAGCAUCAAGUAGAAGCACUGUUCAAAGAAGCUUCGACAUCUUAACACUUAGUUAGUUUGGGAAAUUUUAAAUUGGUUCAAAACGAAUAUGAAUUUGCUGCUUUCAAAUUACAUCAAUUAAGAGAGAUGUUAGCAAAAUAUUCUGAAGAGCACUCAAAAUACCAUUAAGACAAACAGAAAUUGAAGGCUUUGAUGAAAAGCGGUGAGAAUGCUGAUAUCGUUUAAAAGAUGACAAGGGAUCAACAAAACUUCAAAUACACCAUUACAAAAGAUAGAGAGAAGAUUCAAUUCUAAUUUGGAGUUGCUUAAAGAGUUUUGAUUCUCAUUUAGGCUUACAUAAAAUUGAAGGAUCAACAUGAGGAUUAAUAGGAUUUGUAAAGACACAGAGAUUACAUCCUUUAAAAGAUUGACAAGAUCAAGAAGACAGAGGAAAAGCAUACCAAAAAGAUUGAAAGACAUUACAAUAGAAUAUAAGUAGAAGAUCCAGAUGCUCCUGAAGAUAUGGAAAUUGAAGAAGAUUUGGGUGAAGAUGAGUAAGAUUAUAAUGAAAAUAAUACAGCUAGAGAUGAAUUAAUGAGUAAAUAUUGUAUUUAUAGCUUUUAGAACUGUGUGAUGGUUUGAUUUCUUACCUUUCAAAGUUUGAGAAAAAGGAAACUGUAAUAAAAUUAUUCUUAAUCUUAGGAUUAAUUCUUAUAACAUGAUUUAACAACAUUCCAAUAUUUCGAUCAAAUUAAAGUGGCUGCUCCAUUUUAUUCAAAUUAAAUUGACUUGGCUAUAGAUUUGAUUAAAGCCCGAAGAACCUUUUAUGAGAAUGCACCUGAUACAGAAUUUAUAAAAAAGGAGGUUUAAAAAGUAGUCAAGCAAUAAGAUUAAAAAGUUGAUGUCACAAACGAGUAGGAAUUCCCUACAUUAUCAUGA